GUCUGGGCGAAGCAUCAACCCCACUCUCCAAAUGUUCGGCCAGUCGAUUUCCGGCAAUGUGGACAUGGAUGGAAACGGAUAUCCAGAUGUGACGAUAGGGGCGUUCAUGGCUGACAGUGUGGUUUUGUUAAGAUCCAGGCCGGUGAUCUCUGUAGACGUCUCCAUCUUUCUGCCCGUCUCGAUAAACAUCACAGUACCGCAGUGUCACGAGGGCCCUCAGCAUCUCAACUGCUUCAACGUCACCGUCUGCAUGAGCUUUCGAGGAAAACAUGUACCCGGCCACAUAGAGUUGCUGUACAAUCUAACUGCAGAUUCAGAUAAGAGACACAGAGGUUUGCCGCCGCGGGUGUAUUUUGGAAACGGUGGAGAGCAGACAGGUGCUGUAAGUCAGCGUUUCAUCCUGGAGAUCAACCGACCGCAGUGCCAUCAGUACACGUCCUUUGUGAGGACACAGUCAGUGAGACGGCCUGCAGCGCUUCCUGUUUAAGAAGGAUCAUUGCAGCACAAAUGCAGAAUGAGAUGUGAUUUAAUCAGAUGAUGUUGCGUACAUUUAAUUGAACUUAUUCUGCUUUUCCAAAGGUUGCUGUGGUUGGUUUGACACAAGCCUUCCUGUGCACAGCGAGGUUAGAAAACUUUGUAAAACCCCUGCAUCAUGCCAAAGGAAACAAGCAUCUACAAGGGCUUCUCAAAAUCUAGUAAAUAGUCUAGUUAUAAUUUCCCCCCGCUGGAAUAGGAGGCAUUACGUAAGAUUCUUGUUGAUCAUUUUAAACAUGUUUCUAUUGGCACGGCUUUCAUACCAG